CACCUCCCGUUCAAGAUGCACCGCAUGUUUUUCUUAUGCUUUGUUUACAGCGCAGCGAUCACAGGUCUCACAGCUUUCGUUUUGCCGAAGGAGUUUACGGACGAGAUUGACUCGACACUCGCCAAACUCCUCAGAUGUCUCAUGAAAGGCAGUGCGGCUACAGAAUAUGAUAACGGACGAGUACGGACGAUUUCCAACAGCGAAGUUUUUGAUCAUUGGAAGCUUAGCCGCACUGCCACAGAGCUGAGAAUUCAGAGAAUACGCUGGUGGCAGCAAAUUUCGAGGGAGCCUGACAACCAUCGUCAUGUGCUCACGGCCAUGUUCGGGACAACAGAGCUCGACAUGCAGCUGGGCAGGCGCAGGCUCAACCAAGUUGGCACGCUGACAAAAUACAGUACUCCUUGGGCAGUGCAGUGUCUUGAAGAUAUGAAGUUUGUUGCGCAGUUUGCGCGCGACUUUGAUGAAGCAUGGACUGAUAAGGAAAACGUCCUCUUGCCGUUCCAGGACUCCACCCUCAGUAAGAUCUUUGUGAAGUUAAACAUAGGCUCCCUGAGGCACCUUAUGAGCACGAAGAACAUUACAAAGUGGAACAAGGUACUACAAAAACUAGGACUUCGGGAGAUUUCGGAGGAAAAUGCGAUCAAGAUGGGGAUUCUGGAGGUACAGAGUAACGUUAGCAGCAACAGCAGCAUCGCAGAGGAGUUCAUAUGCACGCACGAGAACGAAGACGGCACUAUAUGCGCAAGCACGUUCAACAGCAUGAAGGCAUUAACAGCACAUGUGACGCACGCACACAAGAUGAGGAUACCGAACUACACAGCCAUCUGGACCACGUGCAGCAGCACGCGCCUGGCCCUGUCAAAGCACAGCAUCAGCCGAGUCACGAGCCGCAGGGCGACGAGCACGAUGUGGCGAUCGUACGGAGAGAGAAGCGGAGGAAGACCACGAUCGGAGACGAUGGACCGCGACGCCAGCGCAUCACAGUCACCCAGCAAGUACGGAGGUGGCAAGGGGAAGAAACUCAAUGGCAAGUCGAAUGGAUCCGCCAACGAGGUGAGCAAGGACGACGAGAUGGUGACGAUCGAGAAGCUGUGCCUCAACAACGCACAAAUCGUGCGACAACUCUCGGGCAGCUUGUGGGACUUCUACCUGGUAGAGGGAGAGCACACGCCGUCGGAGGCGGGAGCCAACGAGGGCCAAGAGUACGCCAACAAGGUACAGAACGGAGCGAAGAACAUGGGCUCGCCGCACGUGUACAUCGGAGCGACGUUCUUCGAGGAGCUGGCCAGCCUGACUACUACGCCGUCACCGUACAAAGAGACCCUCGAGCAGUUCGCCAUGCUGAUCAACGUCAUCCACGUGGACCAUUUCGGGGACAUACUGCCGUACUUCAAGGUCAAGAAGGCAUACAGCGAGGCAGGGAUGGGCACGAGAUGGAAGAUACACAUUCUCUUCAACGCGCUGGCGAUGAGCCCGUGGACGGAGGAGAACGAAACCAAGAUCAACCAGCAGCGCGAGGCACAAGGACAGACGCCGAUCAAGCUGGAGCAAGCUCAGACCUACCACCUACGCCAAGCGACACACGUGGCCAUCACGAACAGCGGGGGCAAUGCCAUCGUGGGGGCGCCGCCGCCGAGUGCACUGGAGCGCCGCCUACAGAACUACCUGCGCGAGAG